ACAAACCAUGGAGAGAGCUGUCUUGGGGAGACAAUGCCGGAGAUCUCCAGUAUGCCAGGGAUUACCAACCAAAGCAUGAGAGCGUCUCACAUCUCAGAGUGAUGCUGUACGGACCGGUCGGAGCAGGAAAGUCCAGCUUCAUCAACUCUGUCAGCACCACCUUACGGGGAAGGAUUACUGCCGGAGCCGGGACCGGCACGGUUCAGUCUGUUGAGGGUCAAAGUCUCACCAAAAAAUAUAAGACUCAUCGGAUCAAGAAAGAUGGCACAGGUGACCAUUGCAACUUUGUCUUCAAUGACAUUAUGGGUAUCGAGGAUGGAACUGGGCAUGGUGUCCACGUGGACGACAUCAAACUGGCCAUGAUGGGACACGUGAAGGACGAAUACAAGUUCAACCCAGUAAGCCCACUGACCAGUGAUGAUCCCGGCUACAACCAGUCACCGUCUCCAGAUGACAAAAUUCAUAUCCUGGUUUGUGUCUGUUCUGCCAACGCCUCGGAGAUUACAGACUCCGUUCUACACAAGAUGAGGGACAUCAGAGAGUUUGCCUUAGAACUGGAUAUUCCUCAACUUCUCAUUGUCACCAAAGUGGAUGAAGCCUGUCCUGAAACUCAGAAAAGUCUGAGGAAUGUCUACAGAAGCAAGCAUGUGAAGAAAAAGAUGGCAGAGUUCAGCUCAAAAGUGGGGAUUCCCAUGAACUUCAUCUAUCCUGUGAAGAACUACAGUGAGGAAAAUUCCACCAAUCCUGACGCUGACACGCUGAUCCUGAACGUCCUGAGAAUGAUCAUUGAUCUUGGAGACGAUUUCCUUGACAAUUUCUGAACCUGCAAAGAAUACAUCCACACACACACACACACACACACACACACACACACACACACACACACACACACACA